AUGCCACCGCGCCGUGCAGCGACAUCGAAGGCCAGCAAGGCAGCAUCGGCAAGGUCCAGUCUUAAGGCCACAACAUCGAACUGUUUCGAAAGACCCAAAGAGCCUGCCGCAACGGUUCUGCCACCAGCGCGUGCUCACUCGUCUUCCUACCACUAUCCUCUUCUUCUUGAUGACAGAGCUCAGCAUGGCGCGCUUUUGAACUGGUUCAAGGGCGUGGAAGAUUGUAGGACCAUGCCGUGGAGGAAACCGUGGCUCGAUCGAUCUCAAGAUGGUGGACCAGAGGAACAAAUCAAGCAAACACUAAACAAAAGGGCGUACGAGGUAUGGGUCAGUGAAGUCAUGCUUCAGCAGACUCGAGUCUCUACAGUUAUUCCAUACUUCAAGAACUGGAUUGAAAAGUGGCCUACGGUGCAGGAUCUCGCUAAUGCCAACCACGACGAGGUCCUGGCUGCCUGGAAAGGCCUAGGUUAUUACUCGAGGGCAACACGACUGCACGAAGGCGCAAAAGCUGUCGUGUCCAACCCAUCACAGACGAUGCCAAACGAAGUCUUUGGUUUGUUACAGCUGCCAGGCAUUGGUCAGUAUACUGCUGGUGCCAUAUCCAGCAUAGCAUUUGGACGAGCUGAACCUGUGCUGGAUGGCAAUGUUGCCAGGGUGCUGAGCCGACAGCUGGGCCUUUACUUUGAUGUGAAAGACAAGAAGUCUUCUGAUGUGCUCUGGAAAGUCGCCGACGAACUGAUCAAGAAGGUAUCUAACCACCCAGAAGUGGAGUUUAGUGCCAUACCAGGGCAAUGGAACCAGGCGCUGAUGGAACUCGGCUCGACAAUUUGUACACCAAAAUCCAAGUGUGAAGAGUGCCCGAUCCAGAAGACAUGUCGAGCCUACAACGAAGGAGUGGCCCUCUCCAAGAACCGUCAGUCGAAGACAGCAGUACCGGACAUCGAGGACGUUUGCACCUUUUGCGAUCAGCUAGACACUGAAGACUUGGCGACGGUACCGGAGGAAGAAAUAUCUGAUGAGGAUGUCAAACCUACCAAGAAAAGGAAAACGAUUACUAAGCAGUCGAAUACAUUAUCGCGGUACUUCGCAAUCGGCACACCAAGCGCAAGCUCCAACAUCGACACCGAGGAUGAAGAAGCGGCUUCUGAAUCGAAAAAACGAAAGGUGCCAAUCUCUACAGGAGUCACAAAGUCAGUCAAUACCUACUGCUCGCUCUUCCCAAAGAAAACAACGAAGAAGAAGGCGAAAGAAGAGGACUGUGUGGUUUGUCUCAUCGAGCUCUGCUAUUCGAACGAAGACAGCAAAUGGCUCAUUGAGCAGAGACCAGCAACAGGCCUCCUGGCAUCACUCUGGCAAUUUCCACAGACCAUGCUGUCGAAAUCGGACACAACGGCUGCGCAUUGCAAGACCUCGGCGCAGAAAUACCUCUCAAGCCUGAAUGCUGGCGGCGUUGACUUGGGCAAAGCACGCCACGUUACUAACUUCGACCCACUGCUUCAUGUCUUCACCCACUUGAAGCUCACCAUGCACGCCUAUCAUUACCGAAUCACCGGUAAGAAUGAAGCUGACAGCCUUGUGUGCGAUGGCACACCUGCUCGUAAAUGGGUCAGCACAAAUUCCAUGGAGAACGAGACACUCUCGACUGGAAUGCGCAAGUGCUGGGAACUUGUCGCAAGAGGUGUAUGA